CCAAACAUCGCCACUCCGACACCCAAACAACCCACGAUCGAAACCCCCUCCCCCGCCUCACCGCCUUCUAUCACUACCCAAAGGCCACAAGAAUGGCCGGGCCAACCUACACAGUAGAGCAACUAGAAUAUCUACGGGAUUCUCCGCUCGUUCAGAAGCCCGAUGGACUUCCUUCGAUCGAGCAAUGGAUGGAAUUGCCAGCCGAUCAGAACAAUAACAACACCAACACGAACCGCCGUCCGCGCUCAGGCAAUCAUGGCGAUUCCAACGCGGCGGGCGAGCACCGUGCAGAGCGACCGCCACUGGUGAACACGGGAUCGAUGGGACACUUUGGCCGCCGCGCUAGCAUGCGUGAGUCUUCACGGCAAACAGCCCUCAUAUCCUCUAUUAAUUCUCUCCUUCUAGAACCCGACGACACAGUCCUCGGACCUCCCAAACUCUCCUUCACGUCUGCGCGCCGCGAUGCAAAGACCACCGAUAGCCAAGAGAAGCGCGGCAUAAUCUCAAUUGACGGUGACCAUCUCGGCGAUCGCUUCCCGAGCAGCAACCGGCAGCGAGGAGAACGGUGGGGAAGGGAUCGUGAAGGUGAUAAUCCUCGCGACAAAGCCACCUUUGCGAACGGACGACGUACAAGGGAGGAAGGUGAAGGUUGGACCAACGUCAAGGGUCGGAAGAGCCUGGGCCAGGAAGACUUCGAUCGUGGGUUCGGACGCAACGGUGAUCGUGAGAAGAGUCACAAAGAGGGUGAUGCUGAUGGUGGCGAAACUACUACCCGACGUGCUGGCACCGGCCGCGACAAGUUCGAACGCUGGGGUCGACGAGAUGACAAUCCAACAAAAGAUUCCGAAGGCACCAAGUUAGGAAUGACAACUGGCGGCUGGCGAGACCGUGAGCGCGAGCGUGAGAAGGAUCGAGACUGGCAUAGAGGUGCUACUACGAAGGCGGAAGAGGAUCCGGAAUGGAUGGAUACUCCGCGAUUGCCAAAGGAGAAGAAACAGGCGCAUACGCAAGAAGAGUUCCAGCGCUGGAAAGAACUCAUGAAGGCCAAAGAUGCACCGCCAGCGGAGAAGGAGGAGACGAAAGCAGACACUCCAGCACCCCUUGAGGCUGCCCCGGUUGCCAACCCACCAAAGACCGUGGCCUCACCAGGAGUGUCUGAAAUGCAGGCUGGAAACCUGUUCGGUAAUUGGGGCAAGGGUCAAUUGUCUGAGCCGGCCGCCCCAGCUGCAGAAACAGCUCCCGCAAAGGCAAAGCCGACCAAGAAGUCUCGUUUCAUGAACAUGUUUGACAAACCCGAAGAGCCAGCCCUGCUUGCAGCUCCUGUGCAACCCUCGGCUAGUGCCAGCGCGUCACCAGCUCCCCAGCUUGGUGCCGACGAAGACAAGCAAGGCUUUCAGCGCAUCCUGCAAAUGCUUGGUGGAGUCAACAUUGCCGCGCCACAAGGCGCCCCUCCAGGUAUUGGAAUGCCAAACAACGCGGCAGGACAAGGCGGCGUCCCCCUGGAUUUCAAUCCAGCUUCGCCUCCAGAUGAUCGUAUGUUGAACAUGCAGCAGCAACGGCAGGAGCAGCAACGGCAGGACGAGCAACGUUCGAUGGAGCAGAAAGCCCUUCUGAAGAACAUCCUAGCUCCCAGGCCUUCUGUCCCGGAAAGCCGGCCGUCACAGGGUAACUUCUCCUCCAUGUCUCCCGAUAACAGUUUACUCGAGCGAUACGGCAUUCCCCGGCCUGAAUCAAACCGUCCAAUUGAUGAUUUCCCCAUCCAACAGCCUCCAUCUAGGAACAGCAGCGCCCAGGAUGCUCACUUACAUGCUCUGCUCAACUCCCGUGCCCGGGAGGAAACCAACCGCGACCCACAAGUGAAGCAGCGUGAGCGCGACUUCCUUCUCACGCUUAUGCAGCAACCUUCUCGCGCCACACCUCCACAGAUGCAUCACCAAGGCCUCCCUCGUCCACCCUCGGAGAACCAUAACAUGCAGUUCUUCGAUCAAGGGCCUCAGCGACCCCAGAAUCAAGGGAAAGGUCGAGGCGGACCACCACCCGGUUUCAUGGAGGAUCCCCGAUUCAUGGCCGAACAACGCCUUCGUGAACAUGCACAGCAGCAGCAGCAGCAGCAACAGCAACAGCAACAGCAACAAGAAGCCAUGCGUGCUAAGGAGCGCGGAAUGCCUAUGGGCUUCAACCCUAUGAACGAAGACCCAAUGUUGCAACGCCGGAACACUGCCGGUGAGAUACCUCGACAGAUGACCAAUAUGGGUAUACCCUCUCAGCCCAUCCCUGACAUGCAGUUCAUGGGCGGCAGGCAGCCAGGAAUGCCCCCGACGCCUAAUGAGCGUCAAAACAUUGCUCCGCCCCCAGGCUUCGGAGGACCUGGCGGCAUGAGACAGCCACCACCUGGCCUUGUUGGCCCAGGUGGCCCCCCACAGAUGCCUCCCUUCUCUGGCGGAAACACACCUCUUCACCCGCCUGGAUUUGGCCCGCCAUCUGCCGGCAUGAGAGGCCCCGGAGGCCCAGGAGGCAUGUUUCCCGGCGGCCCUGGGCCCAACCAGAUGCCCCCAGUCCCUCCUCAGGGAUACUUCCCGCCCCAGGGCUUUGGUGGUCCCCCCGACCCCCGUAUGAUGAUGGGCCGUCCCGACUUCGAGCAGUUCGGCGGACCCGGCCCACGCCAGGGCGGUCGCCCUCCAAACAUGUACUAAAAAACACACCUAGAGCAUACGAAACAUUCGCAAAAACCAAUGGUAUCACCCUUUUCCACUUAAUCAUCAAAGAAAAAAAAGGAAAGGGGGGAGGGAUGGAUGGGGUGCCACGCUACACUUUUUUUCCGCUGUCUUUCUCCGUUCAACGUCCA